UCCAGUAUUCGAUCCUCCACUCUCUCGAUCUAAAAAUCCCUUUCUUGGUGUUUACCGUUUAGGGUUUAUCAAAAAAUCCUCCAUAAACCCUUCUAAGCUCUCUCAAUUUUGAAGCAAUUUCAAUUUACAAAUCAAGAAAUCGGUACCCCAAGUUGAAUUAGUCUCAAAAAUCAGCUGUAAGUACUCAUUUUCAUACAUUUUGGUUGUAUAUUUGGGGCAUUUGGUGUUGUAGUUUUUCUUGUUAAUGUAGCCUAAUAGUUAAGGUUUUAUGAAUUAUCAAGUGGGGUUGAGGAAUCUUGAGGUGGGUUCUUGGUUUUGUUGAAGAAUUUGGUUGAGUUUUGGGUUCUGGGGUUCGCAUUUUACAUCACAAAGUUGUGAUUUUUGUUUUCUUUUUGGGAAGAGACAUGAGUUUACAAAGUGGGGUGGAGGAAUAUUGAUGUUUGUAUUUGAUUUUGUUGAAGAUUUUGGUUGAGUUUGGGUUCUGGGGUUUGCAUUUUACAUCGCCCAAGUUGUGAUUUUUUUUUUGUUUCUGGGAAAAGAUACGAGUUUACCAAGUGGGGUGGAUGAAUAUUGAGGUUUCUAUUUGAUUUUGUUGAAAAUUUUGGUUGAGUUUUGGGUUCUGGGGUUGUCAUUUUACAUCACCAAGUUGUGAUUUUUUUAACAUUUUGGGAGAAGCCAAGAGUUUAGUAAUUCAUGUCUACUUGUAUUUUGGGCAAUUGGGCUGUGGUUAUACUCCUUAAUGCAGCUUAAAUGCAUAGGGUCUUCAUGAAUUGCAAAUGAGUGUUGGGAUCUUGAACUGCAUAUUUGAGUUGUGGAGUUUUUUGUAAUGUUACCAAGUUGUGAACUUUUCCUGUUAAAGGCACAAGUUUGAGCUGAGUGGUGAGGUUUUUGAGUAGAAGAAGCUGUAAAUCUUUUAGGAAUUUGAAUAUGAUCAUUGGAGGUAAUGCCGAGGAUAAAAGGGAGAAAGAGAGUACUGUUGAUAAUACUAGGGAAGAAAGAGCUGGUACAGACGAUUUUGGGCGAGCAAUAUCGAGGACCGCAGUGGCACAGAUAUGUGAAAGUAUUGGGUUUGAGAUCUUCAAUGAAUCUGCUCUUGAAUCACUUGCAGACAUUGCAAUUAAGUAUAUACUUGACCUAGGGAAGACUGCUAGUAGUAGUGCUAAUUUAGCUGGAAGAACACAGUGCAAUGUGUUUGAUAUUAUUCAUGGAUUAGAGGAUAUGUGUGCCUCCACUGGUUUUCUGCGAGCAUCGGAAGUGAACCGCUGUGGGUUAAGUUCUGGUAUUGUUAGCGAGAUGGUUGAGUAUGUGGAAUCUGCUGAAGAGAUACCAUUUUCUCAACCUCUUCCACAUUUUCCUGUGGUAAAACAUCCCAAUUUGAUACCCAGUUUUUUACAAAUUGGUGAAACACCGCCAUAUAAGCACAUACCUCCAUGGUUGCCUGCAUUUCCUGAUCCACAUACUUAUGUACGGACCCCCACAUGGAAUGAGAGGGCAUCGGAUCCUCGAGCUGAUAAAAUUGAAUUAGCAAGACAGCGAAGGAAGGCAGAAAGAUCUUUAUUAAAUUUACAACAGCGAUUGGUGUGCAAUGGUUCAGCAGUGGCAUCAACUUCUAGGCAGCCAGAUGAUGUUGGUAUCACUUCAAGUGCUAGUAAAAGUGAAAACCCAUUUCUUGCAAAACCUUUUCAAGCUGGUGAGAAAGAUGUGGACCCAGUGGCUCUUCCAACUAAACUUUCUAGUGAGGUAGAUGAUAAAAAUCAUGUUUCUUUGCUGGAGACGUUCUCCCCAGCAAUUCAGGCAAUGAAGGAUGGGCUUUCUGAAACAGUGAAUGGUACAGAGAAAACACUUCCGGACAAGAGGCCUGCUGUCUGUUUAGAGUUUAGACCUGGAAAGAAGGCCUUAGGUGAUUCUUUGGAUCUAAGGCUUUGGAAAAAGGGUUCUGGGAGAAACGCUUCCUUGUUCCGGCGGGAUGAAGAUAGAGAUGACAAGAAGAGGAGAGCUGAGUUAAUACUGAGACAAUCUAGGGAAAAUCAGCAGGAGUUAACCCAGUUGUAAAUUAGUUGGUUAGCUUGAUGGGGUAGUUCUGUACCCUUUUCAAAACAGCAGCAAUUGAUUAGGUUUAGAUAAAAGUCAAGUCAUACUGUAAUUCUUCUGUGGAUGUCACAGAGUCUGUUUGGAUGUCGAGCUGUAGUAACGUAGAGCAUUUUUUUGAGGUUAGUCAUUGUUCAUUCUCCAAUGAAUCUAUUUCAGUGAGAAUCUUUUUCCUUU